AUGUCGGGCGAGACCGAGAUCGAGGUGUCCGUCGUCUCCGAGGAGGACCUCGACCUUGAGGCCAGCAGGAGCAGCUCCGCGCCCGCCGAUAUGCUCCUUCAGGAGCGACCGCCCAAGCCCGGGUGCGCCCUCAACGACUCCUUCGCCUUCGACGUCGCCGGCAUGGCCGGGAAGGCCGUGCUCAGGCCUGCCUGCAACCCGCACUACACCUCCUUCAGCAUAUCCAGCAUCCUUGGACGACCCGAGUCCCCGCCCGCCGCCGAUGCUCCCUCCGGGACCAGGGAGGAACGCCGCAACGAACGCCGCGACUCCUCGCCCGGGUCGCCGCCCGCUCCUGGAUUGAGGCUCGCCGCUGCGCCCGCUCACCGACUCAACGCCCAGGCUGCUCAGCCCGCUCAGGCCGCCGACCUUCGCGCCGCUGGACACGGCCUCACCGCCACCCGCGCUGCCAGCCCGCCCGCCUUCCACGGCGACGCUGCCAGCCCUCUCGUGGGACCUGCUUCCGCCGACCUCGCCAUGCUCUCCAGGUUGGGCCUGAUGUCGUCCCUGAUCGCUGGUCGGUACCCCGUAGGCAUCGGGGUGGGCGGAGUAUUUUUCCCGUCCACCCUGCAGCACCUCCACCAGCACCAACACCAGCACCACUCUCGCUCCGCGACGGCGUCCUCGGCCCUCAGCACGCAGACGGACAUCUCGGAGGCCGCCGAGGCGAUGAGGGGCGUCAUCCCCGGGAGCACGGGCUGGCCCUUCCCCUGGAGGCCGGCGCACACCCUGCAGACCCUGGAGCACCCUUCGGCCACCGACGUGGUUGGCUCCCUCAGCAGGGUUAGCCCUGGAUCCGCCACAUUCCCUCAAAGGGGUGAGUGGCUAAUUUUCCCCGCAGAGGACCCGGACGACGAGAACGGGGGUGAGGACCGUCUUCAGCGAGGCCGCGAGCGCAGUCCCUCCAGCGGCGACGAGGCGCACGACGACCUGGUGGACCAGGAGGACGGUGGGGACGCCGAGGGGGAGUCGGAGGGCGCGGGCGGCCUGCACGGUCCGGGAGGCGGUCAGAGCGGGGUGCAGGUCGGCGGCGACGGGCGGGACUCCGGGAGCAUAAAGCGGAAGAAAAAGACCCGGACGGUCUUCUCAAGGUCGCAGGUGUUCCAGCUGGAGAGCACCUUCGACGUGAAGCGGUACCUCUCCUCGGCGGAGCGCGCCGGGUUGGCGGCGUCGCUCAGGCUCACGGAGACACAGGUGAAGAUCUGGUUCCAGAACCGUAGGAACAAGUGGAAGCGCCAACUGGCGGCGGAGAUAGAAGCUACGAGCAUGGCGCACGCCGCUCAGCGUCUGGUACGCGUGCCGAUCCUCUACCACGAGGCGUCGGCAGGGUCGGCGGUGGGGACAGGCUCGGGGCCCGUCUCGGCAUCGGGCCCGCCGCCGCCCCCGCCGACCGCCUCCCUCUCCCACUCCGUGGGAGUCGGAGUGGGGGUAGGCACGGGCUGUUCCCCCACCACCGGCCACCAGCCGAUCUUCUACUCCCACCACCACCAGCACCACCACCACCACCACCCGGGCCACGUGCAGGCCCACAGUCUGCUGCCUCACCAGGUGCACCCGCAGCCUCCCCCGCCGCCGCCCCCGCCGCCGAACCCGCAGCCUCCGGCGUCGCAAUAG